UGGGAAACAAAAGUCAUGUCUGAGAUGACUCAGACACUGCACAUGGCUUUAAAACAGCAAUCAUAGGCUCUGGCCCUGCCUCAGGGGGCAGUCCAUAUACUGCUACAUUGCUGGCUGUGUGUCUGCCCUGGCUAUAUGUUUGCUGUGGGCAUGGCUGAGGAAGAAGGAAAUCAGGAGUUCGCUUCCAUGGUGGAAAGCCUGUCAGAUUCAGCAUUGAUUCAGACCCGUGGGAAUCCACCCUCACCUCAUACAAAUAGUUCAGGAAAACAACCUUUGAGUGCAACACUUACGGAAAGAUGAAAGAAAACAUUUUGUUCUUUUUGUAGUGUGUUGAUGCGAGUUAAAGUAGAGAAUGAGGACGGCGAUCAGAUCUUUGCAGAACCAGGAGCAUCUUCAAAAGAAGAAAACUGCUCAGAAUUCCAAGAAAGUUUGGAAUACAUAGACAAUGAAUCUGAAAAGGAUAGCUCGGACAAUAAAAGUGCAUGCCAAUCUAAAUCAUUUGAUACUGUGUCAUCCAGAGCACUUCUAAAUGAUUCUGCGAAGAAUACUAAAGAAAGCUUAAAGGAAGAAAAAGCAAGAUUGGGAAAGCAAGUUCAAGAGAAGGAAGACCUUCUUCAGUUGGCCAUCAUCAAAAUGUAUAGAAUAAAGAAUAACCUCCCUGAGAUCGAGUUGUUAGUAAGAAAAUGGAGAAACUGCAGCCAGCGGCUGCUGAAUGAGCUGCAGUCAGUGUCAUCUGAGGACAGGACAAUGAAGGACAGCCUCACUGAGGUUGACUACUAUGGAAUAGAUGGCAAAUUGCUACACUAUAGUAGAAGUGAAGAAUUCAUAAUUUUCUUUUGUUUUGAGGAGAGGUACGUGCUUAGCUGCAUGUACACGCACAUGCCAAAGGGCACCAGACCCCAUUAA